GCCCUCGUCGACGCCAUUGAUCCGGGCCCGCGCCCUGGCAAGAUGGAGGGGGGGCCUGACUGCGAGGCGCAGAUGCAGCAGCAGUGGUCACGCGCGGUUCGCGAGACCGCACAGUGGGAACACGAUUUCGUCUUGCUCUAUUCCGACGGCACCAUCCCAGCUAUAGCGGCAGGCAAGUCGUCGGAGCAGCCGGCGUCCAGUUUGCAGUGCGCGUCUGGUAUAUGCGAGAGGAUGAGCCGUGUGUUCGAAAGUUUCAUGAAUUGCAGAUCCGAGAUUGCUGCGCCGCUCGACGCUUGGCAGGGCCCGAGGGCUUCGUCUUUGUCUGCGGAUAUGGACUCCUUCUUACCCAAGCUCGCCACAUUUGCGCAGUGCCUAAGAACCUCCAUCAUGCCCGCCUGUUCAGAUGUCCUCCUGCGAACCCUCGAGGCGCCCGCGCAGACGUUGCUCGCGGCGCGCAAGGUUGCUGACGACGUGAUCACCUCGGUGGAGAAGGCUAUCGACGCGCCCGAGGGCCACGCGCCUGACUUGGCAGAGGUUCUAGGAAGGUAUGGCGCCCUGAAGGUGAAUGUCGCUGGCGCAGUCGAGCGGGUCAAGGACGUGAGCCUCGGAGACAUUGACGGCGGGCGCAUGUUCUUCCUCCAGCGGCACAACCUCGUUGUCUCGGCGGCCGUCGACGCCUUGAGCAACAUUGAAGCAGGUAACGUCGCGAAGCUGAAGGUCACCGGCUGCGUUGCGGACACCUUCCUGAAGUUCAAGGCUCAGCUCGACACGUACACUGCAUGGUUGACGAGUUCAUCAGCGUCUAAGUAUGAGGCCCAGGAGGGCUGGGGCAAGGACAUGGACAUUCAGCGCAGGAGUUCGGCGGCAGUGAAGGCACUAACGAAGAUGGAGCAGAAGAUCUCGGCGCUCUUUGACCAGAGGGCUUCCGAGCUUGCCGACGUCAUCUACAAGUACGCCCCCCCGAGCAGCCUCCUGGACAACUUCCGUCUCAUCGGCGAUGGGGCUUUGCAGAAGAACCUCGCCAAGCUGCCAGCCUGA